GAUCGCUGAGAAGGAGUUUAAUUCCUGCGUGAGCAGCAGUGUUUAACCGCUUUAGAGGGGGAAAAAAUAGCGAGAGUGAUUGAAGUGAAGCCGCCACCAGCGGGACAAGGAGCAGCUCCGGCCAUCAGAGAAGGCAGUGAGAGGCGGCAGACAGGCCACCCCCACCCCUCCCCCUCUCCAGCUCGAGGGUAGUCGGCGCGAGGCGAGCGCAGCGUGGGCGCCAUGUUGGGUGUCCGGCGGCUUCUGCUGAACUGGCGGCCCGGAUUCCGGUUACAACACACUGCAACAGCUGUGAAGAAUGAGCCAGUCCUCGAAUUCAAACAAGGAAGUUCGGAACGACAAGCCCUACAGGAGGCUCUGAAUGAGCAGAAGGGGCAAACACUUGAGGUCCCCUGUGUGGUUGGUGGAGAACCUGUCUGGACCAAUGAUAUACAAUAUCAACUAUGUCCAUUCAGUCAUUCACACAAAGUGGCCAAGUUCUGCUAUGCUGACAAGGAUUUAAUUAAUAAAGCGAUUAACGCAGCACUGUCUGCGCACCGGGAAUGGGAUCUCAAACCAGUCGCAGAUCGAGCACAAAUAUUCUUUAAAGCUGCUGACUUGAUUAGUGGGUCAAGACGUGCAGAACUUUUAUCCAGAACUAUGAUUGGACAGGGUAAAACAGUAAUUCAAGCAGAGAUUGAUGCAGCUGCAGAACUAAUAGACUUCUUCAGAUUCAAUGCUAAACAUGCUGUGGAACUUCAACAUGAACAGCCAAUCAGUGAACCACCCAGCACCAACAGUACACUGUACCGGAGUCUAGAGGGCUUUGUAGCAGCUGUUUCUCCAUUUAACUUCACUGCAAUAGGUGGAAAUCUGGCAGGAGCUCCAGCACUGAUGGGUAACGUGGUGGUCUGGAAACCCAGUGAUACAGCUAUGGCUGCAAGCUACACUGUGUACGAAAUACUUCUUGAAUCUGGACUGCCACCAAAUGUUAUCCAGUUUGUUCCAAGUGACGGGCCACUGUUUGGAGAAACUAUUACAGAAUCUGAGCACUUAGCAGGAAUCAACUUCACUGGCAGUGUCCCAACAUUUAAACAUCUUUGGAAGCUGGUGUCUCAGAAACUGGACAAAUACCGGACCUUUCCUCGCCUGUCUGGAGAAUGUGGUGGUAAGAACUUUCACUUUGUGCAUAAAUCGGCUGAUAUUGGCAGUGUGGUAAAUGGUACUAUUCGCUCUGCCUUUGAGUAUGGAGGGCAAAAAUGUUCAGCCUGUUCAAGGAUGUAUGUACCUGAUUCAUUGUGGCCUGAAAUUAAAAAAAACCUCCUGGAGGAGCAGAAGAAAAUUAAAGUGGGAAAUCCAGCGGAUGACUUUGAAACGUUCUUUUCAGCAGUUAUUGAUAACAAGUCCUUUGCACGGAUAAAGAAAUGGAUUGAACAUGCUCAGUCCUCCCCAAAUCUAACAAUAAUUUCAGGUGGAAAAUGUGAUGACAAAAUUGGUUAUUUCGUGGAACCAUCAAUUAUAGAGACAAAAGAUCCUCAGGAUCCCAUAAUGAAAGAGGAAAUCUUUGGACCAGUCGUGACUGUAUAUGUUUACCCUGAAAACAAAUACCAGGAAAUUCUCCACUUGAUUGAUACAAGCACUCCUUAUGGUCUCACUGGCUCUGUUUUCGCACAGGAUAAAAAUGUUAUAGCUGAAGCAAGUAAAAUCCUACGGUAUUCUGCUGGAAACUUCUACAUCAAUGACAAGUCAACUGGUUCUGUUGUGGGACAGCAGCCAUUUGGAGGAGCUCGUAUCUCUGGAACCAAUGACAAGGCUGGAGGUCCCCAUUAUAUCCUCCGUUGGACAUCACCACAAUCUGUAAAAGAGACUCAUGUUCCCUUGACUAAAUGGAGAUAUCCGUAUAUGGAUUAAGUAUAUAAAAAGCAGCACUAUUGUGCUCCAGUGAAUAUUCUAACAAUGUAUUACUGUAAAGUUUUUUACUAAGACCCUUGACAGUUAGUUAAGCCAUUACCUUAAGUUUGUGUCCAGCCAUGCAUUUGGAAAAUGCUCCUUCGGUCCACAGUUUUAUAUCUGAAUGUGUGUAAAAGUUUAAAUUCUCAAACAUCUGCCUCAACAUCAGUCAAAACAAUGAUAGGGUUUUUAUGUAAAAGACUGGAGACCAAGUGAGGACAUGUUUUGGUAUUUGUGCGUGUAAUUUUAAUGAGAUCCUUUGCAUUUUAUCAGUGUAUGGUUAAUUAAUGUAAUUCACAGUGUUGACACAAUAGGAUUUUAUUGAAUAUAUUUCACUGCAAAAUAAUUUUUUUAUUUUUAAUGCUCAAACAAAAGGAUACUUAAUGAUGUCCAACAACCACAGUAUUUUUUUUAUGAAUAUAUAUCUUUGAUUUUAAUUUUAUUUCUACAGAUAACUGUGAAAAUUCACAAGCUGAAAAAGAAUUCAUUAGUGUAAAUCUGAACUCAAAUUGCACUGUCGAAAGCACUAAAUACACUUGCAAUAAUUGUAAGCAUCCAGUUAAUCACCUGAAAUAUUGAAAUAAUGGUAAAAUACUGGAGCGUAGCACUGGAGGAAAACUAGGAAUUUACUGACAUCAGAAUGUUUAUUAAUUAUUUUUAUCCUGUGGUGAUUUGUUUUCGAUUAUAUGUUUUUUUGGAUCUGUGUAAUUUGGUGUCUUCAGUUAAAAAAAAUUGUUUUGUGCUGCAACCAGUCCAGCAAUCUCUGGAAUCUCCAAGUAGGAACAAGUGAGAACAAUUUUAGAAUUGGUUUAACUUAUUGUGGGAUUCUCUGUUUGUGCCUUUAUAAGCAAGAGCUAAAAGUUGUACAGAAGAAAAGUUCUAAUAUGGCUGAAUGAUGACUCAGAAGUUGAAUACUAGACAGCAGAUCUUCCACAAUGAAGAAUUCAGUUUGAAAGAACAUGCUGUAUUUGCCGUAUUUUUGAAAGAGUGUGAAAAUGAUUGCAUUUGGAAUUAGUAGAUGAUAACAACUGAGUUUUUGCUGAAUAAAAUUAAAGAUUAUCUGAAAUCAAA